AUAUAAUAAAAUGAAAACACUUCAUCUAGUUAUAGUUCCUACUAGUAACUUGAGCCAUUUAUUGUUAAAACUUUUUGUUUGCACCAAUGACUUCUGGUUUUGUACCUUCUCCCUCUUCACCAUCACAACCUAACUCAUCAACUGAGUUCAUUGAUGGCUUAAAGUUUGGUCAAAAAAUAUACUUUGAAGAUACAGCACCUCAAACCAAACCUAAUGGUCGUUCAUCUUCAUCUUCUUCUUCAUCUAUGGGGAUUAUGAUGAAGAAGGGAAGUCAUCCCCCUAGGUGUCAAGUUGAAGGUUGUAAAGUAGAUCUGAGUGGCGCUAAGGCUUAUUAUUCUAGACAUAAGGUUUGUUGCAUGCAUUCAAAAUCUCCUUCUGUUGUUGUUUCUGGUUUGGAUCAGAGGUUUUGCCAACAGUGUAGCAGAUUCCAUCAGCUGCCUGAAUUUGAUCAAGGAAAACGAAGUUGCCGCAGGCGACUAGCUGGCCAUAAUGAAAGGCGGAGAAAGCCUCAACCGAGCUCCGUGUUUACCUCGCGCUUUCCCACACUCUCUCCACCUACUUUUGAUAACAAUGGCAAAUGUGAUAACUUUCUGAUGGAAUGUGCUUCAUACCAGAACAACUCAAUGCUAACUACAAGAUCAUCCGAGCUGGUACGCGGCGAUCAAACAACGCCAUUUACAUGGCAAAACAACUCAUGGAUGCCGCCAUCCGAGUUUUUUCAGCAAACAACAAACUUCGAUGGCGCUAGACAUCUUCCAACGGCAAACUACAAUGAAGUCACAGAUUCGAGCUGUGCUCUCUCUCUUCUGUCAAACCAAACAUGGUAUUCUAGAAACACAACAUCACCAAGUGUGGAGAUGAACAACUACUUGUUGAAUUUCAAUGGUUCUUCACUCAUGACAAAGCAAUCUUCUCAAGGUGCAGCCAGUUUUCAACUUCCAAAUGCUGCUUGGUUUUUAAAGGGGGUUGAUUCUCGUAACUGUUUGUCGCCCGAACCUGUUCCCGGUCUCGGCCAAUAUUCACAGGCUAUGAAUAGCGAUCUUCAUGGCGAGAUCGAUAUGCCACAAGGCAAGAGGCAAUAUUACUGGUCACUAUAAAACUCUUAUGGUUGAUUUGGCUGGAACUAUUUGAUGAGUUACCAGACUAUUCUAGUGCAUAUUUUGGUUUCUUUGUUUAAAACUUAUGAGCAUGUCAUUGUCAUUUUGUGGAAUUUAUGUAAACAAUGUGAAUUGUAUUGUAUUGUUUUAAUUUGUGACCAAUAGAUGAAUGGCCUCAUUUUAUUACGUUA